AUGCGGACGGAGAAGAAGACGUCAAACGCGCGCGCCGAGCGCGCGUUGCCGAGAGAGCUCGUGGUGGUGGCGGUGAGCGCGGUCGCGCAGGCGGCGGCGGCUCCGGCGAUGGCGGCCUCGCCGGCGAGCGCGGUGGCGAACGCGUUCGGGUGGUUCCCGGAGGCGAUGAACUCGCCAGAGAUGAAGGAAUUAAUGCUAUACACGUUAAAGACGCUCAUCUCGUGGGGGGUUCCCGCGGUGACGGUGGGCGCCGUGGCGUUCUUUGUGCUGGCGUCGUCUAGACGAAACGCCUCGCGCAAAGAAGACGGAGAACGAAGCGGCCCAUUCGGUUUCAUCAGGAGUGGUGGUGCGGCCAUGAAGCCGCGUAGUGAGCCGUACCUGGAGAUUAAGCGGAUGAACGAUAAGCUCGAUAAGUAUUCUCUGUCGUUUGAAGCCGCGACGGUGAGCGAAAUCCAAGCUGAGCGUCGGCGCAAGACCAUGGAGUUCAGUAAAAAGUUUAGCGCCGCCCUCGGUUCGCUCACGAACGAAGAGUGCGAUGCUAUUUUUGAAGCAAACAAGAAGUGGUCGAUGACGGAUAAGGGCUUGAUGGAGCAGAUGAACCAGCUCUUGGCGCAGAUCCGAGCCGCGGCAGUUGAGUCUGGCGGUAAACGCGCAAAGAACCAGAGCGAGUCUAGCGGCGAAGAAUCGUCUGAGACUCAGAGUGAAACAAACGAGGGCGGCUUCAAGAACCCUUUCGGCGGUGAUAAGUUGGCCGGAUUGACGAAGAAGCUGAGUAAGCUCGCAACUGAGCGCGCAAAGGCUGAAGAGCAGUACCUGGCCGCCGUGGGCGCGGCUCUCCCAAAGUCUCGCCGCGAGAGCCUCAUGAAGCUUCUCGCCGAUCCGCGCGUGAUUUCUGGUUGGCAAAAUGACACCGAUGUUCUCGCUCCGAAUGCGGAAACGGACGAGAACUCGCGGUUGAAUAAGAAGCAUGUCUUUGUCCUCAAUUUUUUUGGCGAUGUUCGAGCAUCUCAAGGAGAGCAAUUGCGGGAAGAAGUCACUGGCUUGUUGCGAGCCGCAAAGAAGGAGCGCGGCGAUGAAGUGGUCUUGCGUUUGAAUACGGGUGGUGGUACUGUCACCGGCUACGGUCUCGCCGCGGCGCAGCUCAUGCGAAUCAAGGAAGCUGGACUCAAGUUGACCAUCUGUGUUGAACAGGUGGCGGCUUCCGGCGGUUACAUGAUGGCUUGCGUGGCCGACGAAAUUGUGGCGUCGCCAUUCGCUGUUUUGGGCUCAAUUGGCGUCAUCAGCGAGCAACCAAACGUCUACGAGCGUCUUCAGCGCGAAGGCAUUGAGUUUCAAACUGUCACUGCUGGCAAAUUCAAACGCACUUUGACGCCAACAAAGAAAGUUACGAAAGAGGAUCUCGCGAAGUCGAAGAAGGACAUCGAAGAUGUGCUGGUCCUCUUUAAGGGUUUCGUUGCCGAUAACAGGCCAUCUCUUGAUAUUGAUGAGGUCGCGACCGGUGAAACCUGGUUCGGGAAGGACGCACUCGCUCGUAAUUUGGUGGACAAGUUGAAGACUUCGGACGAUGUGCUUCUCGACCUUCUCGGCGCGGGCGCUGAAAUUUUCAGUGUACAGCUCAAGCAACCGUCCCCAGCGGCGACCUUGUUUGGUGCGGCUGGCGCGAACGCUUCUUCUUGGCAGUGGGACAUCCUGCAGCGUGUCGCUCUCAUUGUUGCCGAUUACGCCAACUCCAGUGCGCGCGUGCAAGGGGUGACGCAAGGCCCCAUGAUCGUCGAUCCGUCUCGCGUUCAGGAUACCGUGCGCAUCGCCGCGUACGAUGAUGAAACCGAUUACUACGUCGACAGAAUGUAA